AUGUUCUUCAUUCACUGCACUGCAGUGACAGAGUCUGGGAUCUUCGUGGCCAUGGCUUUUGAUUGUUAUGUGGCCAUCUGUGAUCCCCUGAGACACUCCACCAUCCUGACAAACCCUGUGGUGGCCAAGAUCGGCCUGGCAGUGGUGCUGCGUGGCGGCAUGCUUAUACUGCCCUUUCUCUUCCUGGCCAGGCGGUGGCCAUAUUGUAGAACCAACAUCAUCCCCGACUCGUACUGUGAGCACAUGGCUGUGGUGAAGCUGGCCUGUGCUGACAUUCAUGUCAGUAGUUACUACAGCCUCUCUGUGACUUUCUUGGUGAUUGCUCUGGAUGUGUUUUUUAUCACCGUGUCCUAUAUCCAGAUCCGCAGGGCCAUCUUCAGCCUGCGCACAAAAGAUGCCCAGCUCAAGACUUUUGGGACCUGCGGCUCCCACCUCUUUGUCAUUUUAGCCUCUUACAUCCCAGUUCUCUUCUCCACUCUCAUGCACCGGUUUGUCCAGAACGUGGCCGUACAUUUCCACAUUCUCAUGGCCAAUGUGUACCUGAUCGUGCCUGCCACGCUACACCCCAUCAUCUACGGGGUGAGGACCAAACAGAUCUGGAACAGGCUGCUCCAGCUACUUCCUCAUAAGGGAGUGUAA